GUAAAAUAACAUUCAAUAAAAUAACAAAAGGUCUAUAGAAAAAACCUGAGUUAUUAGAUGUGUGACUUUUAAAAAUAAUUUUAAAAUAAUUACGGAAGAUAAUUUAAAAUAAUUUUAAAGAAAUCACACAUCAAUAAAACUGCAUUUCUUACAUUUUUAUUACUUUGUUGAAUGUUAAAACAUAAAAUUUUGUGAUACAUUUAAAUAUCUCCAUUUUCGAAGCGAUUGUGAUAUGCGUACAAGCGUGAUGUGUUGUUUAAAUUAACGAAUGCCCUGGAUGAUCGAAUUGUAGGUGUUGCAUUUUGCAGUUAACAAAAUAACAUGAACUCCGAUCGUGCGUAAGUGUUCUCUGUUUCUGAACUUUAAGAGCAGAUUGUAUGGUAAAUGUAUUGCAAGUAUCUUUACAGCUUUGCAAAAAGGAUGAAACUAUACGUCAACUAACAAUACGCAUCGAUGAAACGCAAGAUCAAUAUAACGAAUGUUUCACACAGGCAACUAAUCAGGACGUACAAUUGGAUUUACAACGAGAUGCUAUUGAAAGUCUACAUAAAAGAAUUCGUUGUCUAGAGUAUGAUAAACGUUUAAUCGGUAUUACAAUACAUGCAAUAUAUUAUUCAAUUUUAAGCGGAGUACAGAAGCAAAUACGCGAUCAUGUGAAAGAUUUCCAGGAAUUGAAGUGGAAGAUGGAUAGUUUUAUGGAAACGAAAAAUUACUCCAAAAGCAAAUGCACAAUAUAUCUUAAAGAUAAAAACUGUGAUACUCGAGAUUUGAAAUGCUACUCAAACAGUAUCACGUAUGGAAUAUCACAUGUGAAAGGAUGUUCAAAUAAAGAACCAGAGAAUGUCGCUCAGAUACAACAAUUAAAAACGGAAUUGCAAGAGAUGAAAAAUACCGAGUACGAUUUAAGAUGUGAAAAUGAACAACUUAAAACUAGUAUACAGCAUUACAUAUCAGAGACAGACAAUCUGAUGAAGAAACUAGAGCGUAUUAAACAGAAGGAAACCGAAUAUGAGGGACUUUUGCUGAAACUAGAUAAUGGGAAGAAGGAAAUUAAUAUUUUAAACGAGCGAAUUACCAGCAGCGAAGAAAUUAUUGGACAUCAAUCUCAAGAACUUGAACUACUUCGGAAAAAAUUACUCGCGAAUGAUCAAAUAGAGGAAGAUUUAUCUGAAUUGCAUAUAUCGGAGCAUAAAAUGCUAAUCGUUCUGUGUGAUCGAAUUUAUUCUUUGAAGGUUCUACUGCAAGAGAAAUCAGACAACAUGGUUAAAUUGCAAGCAGAUUAUGAAUUACUUAAGAAUGAAAAUUGUAUACUGAAAAAUCAGAAUAAUAUCAUUGAAGUUCAAACCAAAGAAGACAUUUUACAGUUGAAAGAAAGGCUCAAAGAGGCACGCGUAAAAUUGCACCAGACAGAAGACAAAUAUCACCAAAUAACUGAAGACUUCAGUAAAGUUCAGAAACAACUAGUGUCCGCAACAAAACGAGAAGCUGAUUUACAAGAAUCAUUAACGAUUAUGGAGAAAGAUUAUCGUUCUAAGGUUAUAGAAGUAAAAGAUGAAACGGUCCGUCAUUGUAAUUUAAUAGACAAGCUAAGUAAGAAAUUAGAAGAAACCAAAAGAACACUUGCAUCGAAAGAUACUGAACUUUGUCAAGCACAAGAUAAAUGCAAGAAUUAUACUGAUUGUUUGAACAGCAUACGUCAAGAUCUUGAGAGAGAAAAAGAUAAAUUAAUGAAAGCUGAAAAUAUAAACCGUGACUUGAUUCAACAGUUACAGGAAUACAUGAAAGAGAAUUACCAUCUUGACCGACAAAAAGUUUCACUUGAACAAAAUAAUUCUACGUACUUAACUGAGUUACAAGAUAUGCGGAAAUCUUUGCUCGAGUUGAAAAAGGAAUGUCACUUGAAGGACCGCUCUCUGACAUACAUGUCGGCUGAUUUAACUGAAACAGCUAUCAGUAGAUCAGAACUUUGCAAAGAAUCUCAAUACAUAGUUUCGUGCAUUCGUGAUUGUAUGGAGCAACAGAAAAAGUAUAAUGAAACUCUAGCGAAAAAUUUGGAAAAUAAGCAACAGCUUAUAAUGCAACUUGCAUUCGAGAAAAAAGCUCUGUUAAUUAAAAUCAGGAAAAUGAAACGAAAUAAUCUAUUGACACAAAAACUGAAAAGAACGCAAAAGUUAAAUAGAGGUUUUAAAAAAGCGCACAUAAAUGGUUAUAUAUCACCAUCAAUUGCACCGUAUCAGAUCACGGACACAGAUUUAAUUUCGAAUUUAAAUCAUACAGAUUUACGCAAGAAAUAUUCAAUUAAACCAACCAAAAUUGGUCGACGUACAUCAACAUGCGGCAACUCAUGGUGGUUUCCUAAAAUGGAACACUUAAUAAAUGAAGUUCGGAAGAACAAUCAAUGGUGGAAUGAAAAUUUAAAAAACGGAACAGAAUCUGACACUUCAUUAGAAGAGAACCGUGAUUAUGGUUAUCAAUCAUCUUCUACAAGCAAAUGAAGAAAAAUAAAGGAUUCACUUUGAUGAAGACUGAAAAAACGGUGAAAGUAGAUGUUUGAUGCGUUUGAAUACGGAACGUAGAAAUUUGUAAUGCGAUUUACGGUAGAGUUCGUGCUGCGUCUUCUUUUAUAAUCGUAAAUGUAAUUUCUUAUAUGGAUAUAUAUUGUCAAAUGUACUUCUUUCUAUAUAAAUAAAUGUUUUUUGUGUAA